ACUAUGGCUCUUGUGGUCCUCUUCUUGGAGUUUAUAUGAAUUGAUGCGUUAGGUCAUUCAAUUAUUCAUCCACCUUAAAAAAAAUUGCUUCUUGAAACUCAUAAUAUGGAGGCAAGAUGUUUAUAUUUUACCGUCCAUUCUGCUAGCAACCUUGUAGAUGUUCGAAAGCUUGGGGAAAUGAAAGUUUACGCAAAGGUUUCAAUAGCAGGAAAGAGCCAGUGUACAGAAGUGAAUCUUGUGAACAAGACGAAUCCUGAAUGGAACACGACGUUUAGCUUCAUCGUGCCUGAGAAAAACAUCAUACAUGCACAGGACCCAAGUCUUUCUGAAUUGGAAGAGCAAGAAGCGGAACUAGAAGAAAACUUUCUUUCUGAGGCAGCUGGUGGAACUCCUCAAAAGUGCCAGAAAUCUCCUCAUCAAUGUCAUAAUUAGCUAGGCUGGUCAGGUCCUUCCUCAGAUCUCGCGCAUAGUAGGAGCUUUAGUGCACCGAGUAUUGGGUGUUUGCCCUGACUUUUCUAGUAUAAUUAGGUUUUCCUUUUCCUGAAAGGAAAACACAAUGUCUCCAUAUUUGGCUAGUCCUUUUCCUUAUAAGAAAAAAUUUAUGACUCUAUAAAUAGAAGUUUAUUCCUUCUAACUUGGCAGCAUUCACAAUGUAGUCCUAGGGGCUUUGAGAGUUUUGUGUAGGGGGAGAAACGGUGAGACACAAGUGUUACGUUAACACUUGUGUGAACCUCUUUUUAUUCCGAGUGAAUUGUGUGAGGUUAUUUUUCUCGAUUAUUUGUACUCUCAUGUUUAUAGUGGAUUGCUCAUCUCCUCUUGUGGACGUAGGUCAGUUGACCGAACCACGUUAAAUGUUUGUGUCUCUUAUGGUAUAUUACUCGUUUGUCUUCUUACUCAUGGUCAUUCAAGGUUUGCUUUGCUAGCU